CAGUUAAGAUCAGUUAUCCCGCGUGCAAAGAUGAGCUUGCUUUUCAAACUGCUACUCGCGCUAAGCCUUGCCCACGUUGCCCUCUCGUGGGGUGACGAAAAACCUGUUGAAGAGGACUUUUGCGAUGCCGAGUGGGACGGCAAGGUCGAGUACAAGGCGGAGGGCGAACAGGACGGGGCAACGCCGGAAGAGGAGGCGCCGGUUGAUGACGGGGCUACGACGGAACAAACUGAGGAAGGAUCAACUGAAGGGGGUGAGGAAACGAAAGCGGAUGACGGGGAUACGACGGAAGAAGCUGGAGAGGGGUCAACUGAAGGGGGAGAGGAACCUACAGGAAAGGAUAAAACGCCAGAAGAAAAGCCUUCGAAGGCUUCUAAAGAGGACGAGCGAGGCGAUCCUCGGAAUACUUACCAGAAGUCGACUGAACUUGUUCGGGCUGCCGCAAAUGUUGACGAUAUUCAGGACGGAUAUCUGAAGGGAUCGCUGAACAACCGACUUCAGGAACACAUUAGAAACCCUAUUAUUGGGGCUGCCGGCAAGUUGCCUAAUUUCAAAAAGGUACAGAUUGAGCCCUGCUUCAAGACUUUGCAGCAGGACCUGAAGAAGGAGAUCGAAGCUUCGAAGAAGGAAUUCGCAGACUGCAAGAAGAAAACCGAAUCCUCGUACGAGUGCAUGGUCAAGAUGGAACCCGGGUUUGCGGCGCACGUUAAGACGAUCGGCGAAAAGAUCGUGCAGUGCAUGAACAAGUCGAAAUAAUGUUUAACGAUAGCGCGCGCAUUUUUGCAUGCCCUUUAUUUUGGAAUAUAUAACUUGCUUGCACUGCUGUGUUGGCCACUUGCGGGCCGGGCAAAUGUGUCACAUGA